AUGGCCACGGAUCAUAUGGAAAUGAACGGGGAUGCUGAUCCAAACGCAGAGACGGAGAUUCCUCUGCGGGGCCAUGGGAAGAGGCUGCAGAGGCCCUUGAACAUGAACCACUAUGCCAACAAGAAGAGUGCGGCGGAGAGCAUGCUGGACGUGGCUCUGCUGAUGGCCAACGCCUCGCAGCUCAAGGCCGUUCUGGAGCAGGGCCCAGACUUCAGCUUCUACAAGGCCCUCAUCGCACUCAUCAGCAUCUCCCUCAUUCUGCAGAUAGUGGUGGGAAUACUGCUCAUAUUCAUCGUGAAGUGGAACCUGAAUGAUCAGAGCAUGCACUACAGACUGAACAUCCUGGAGAAUGUCGCUACUGCACUGGUUUUUGUUAUUGUUGUUGUUAAUGUCUUCAUUACUGCCUUUGGUGUCCAGCAGCCCCCAAAAAGCGGAUAA